GUGUUAUCUUCGCAGAUAAUCAAGAUACCAGAAACCAAGGAAGGGUUCAUCGACCUGAACAACUUGGAGCAUAAAUUGCAAGCAACCGCAGACACUGGGAAGCUUAUGAUAGGGUUCUUCCCGGCUGCUUCGAAAUUAACUGGAGUAUUAGCUGAUGAUGUUGCUACGACGCUAAUUCUUCACCAGUAUGGGGCGUGGGCGUUUUGGGACUACACUCUGGUAGCUCCCACGGCAGUUCUGGAUAUGAAUCCCACAUUCCCAGGCGUGGAGGAAGGAAUGGUUAAGAAGGAUGCGGUUUUCUUCAACUGUGAGAAGUUUGUGGGAGGCGUUCAAGGCCCGUACGUUAGCAUUUUUAAAAGGGAUGUGUUUAAGGAUUCGCCCCUGUAUUGUCGAGAUGUUGAGACAUUAUCAGAGGCGAUAGAAGAGAUAAGGAGCACAGAAGCUGUGAGGGCUGCGAUUGUGAUGCAAUUACGAGAUGCCAUCGGCUUGCAGGCGAUCGCGGAUAGACAGGACCAUAUUACUAGACAAGUUCUUUCUCACAUCAGGAAUAUUCCAGAAUUAAUAUUGCUGGGAAGUGAAAUGCCAACUGUGAGGCGAUUGCCAAUAUUCUCCCUUAUGGUGAAGCAUCCAAGGGGUACUUUCCUGCAUCAUAAUUUCGUGUGUGCAGUUCUGAAUGAUGUUUUUGGAAUACAAGCAAGAGGAGGACUGAAUAGCAAUUUGUCAUAUGGUUCUGACAUCUUAGGGAUAGAUGAACAAUUGCUAAAGGAAUAUGAGAAAUUAUUAGAUGUUGAAGCACAAAAAGAAAUCGCAAGGGUACGAAAGCUGAGUGUAGUCAAGUCGCCUGAAGUACCAAUACAUAACGAGCCUCUCAGGCCUGGUUUUUGCAGAAUUUCUCUUCCAUUCUUUAUGUCCGAACACGAAUUAGCAUUCGUAUUGGAAGCCCUAAAAAUGGUAGCUACCGAAGGUUGGAAAAUUUUGCCUCAAUAUGCAGUUAAUGCGGAAACUGGCCAAUGGAGACAUCAUACUUGCUCAGUGUUAAGAGACAAGAAGUCAUUGUAUUCUUUGAGAUUCAAUGACGGCAAAAUAACAGCACACGAGAGACGUGUUUCAGGACCUGGAAUAUUCCCUCAAACAUAUACAGAAUGCCUGCAGACCGCGCGCAAUUUAUUCAGUAGAGCUAGGAAGCUGGCAAUGAAAUGCCCUGCUAUAGAACCAGAAGUCAAUUUCAAUCCAAAGAUCGAUUACUUGAGGUGGUUUAUGUUACCCAAAGAGGCACAUGAGCUACUCCUCGGUCGAUCAGCAAAUGUAAAACAUAUUGUGCCAUUCGAUCCGUCCGGAUACACGGGGGCGAGAAAGAGUCUUAAUAAUAUAUCAAGAUGUUCCAACACUUCAUCACCGAUACUGGGGUCAUCUCCUAGACACUUCAGUCUAUCGGCCAUCGAUGAUUGUCAAAUAUUCAGAUUGAAGCAAAAACAAAAGUUCUUCUCAAGGGAAUCAAGUUUGAGAGAAAGUACAAAAGAAGAAGCCGUAACCGUUACCCAUCAGCCAGUACAGUUUGCUGUUGGCGAAUCGGUUUCACCGUUACGAUUGAUACCGCAGAGUUCGAGGCCUACAUUAGUCAGAUCUAGAUGCUACAGCCUGGGAUCGGAUAGUCCGCCCGUAGCUCUGAGCUCACAGACAAAGUUGAAUCUCGGAUUGAAAGAGAUGAGUCCAAGUAACACGGAACAGUCGAAUAGUUUUUGUAAUUGUGGCAGUCAGACCGAUCUACAGUCAUUGGAAGAUAACAUGAUCUCAUCGAAUUCAAAGUAUCCCUACAGUACACAAAGUAGCACUUCGAUAUCUGAUUGUAGCCAGGUCGGUCGGACGUCGCCGACUGCAUCCAUUACUUCACAAACAUCAGAAGAUCUGCAUACUUACGUUAAAGAAAUGACCAAGGAAAUUGCAACUGAGAUUAAAUCUGAAAUACGUGGGGUGAUCUCAAAAGUCGAUGAUAUCCUAGAAAACUCGGAUAUCCUUGAACAGGCAAAUGCUAGUAUGACCUCUAUAUCUAGUCAGAGCGAUAAGAACUCCGUGUCGGUCAUAGAUGUUGCGGAAUAUUUAAUGGGCAUGUCGAAGGAAAUGGCGUCAGAAGUGAAGCACGAAAUUCGCGAAGUUGUGAAUCAAGUUGACGAGAUGAUUUCACCAGAUUAUUCAGGUGUUUGUUUGAGAAGAAAUUCCCCAUCUAAACCAGGAAGACAAAGGAUCGGUUCUGGUCCUGAAUUGGGUUUGGAUCUUAAGAAGACCCACCCAACGCAGUUUUUAAGAAAAUGUCCAACAAGUCCCGUAUUUCCUUCGCAAUAUGAUGAAGAUGACAAAAUUUGUAAACGUUCGCCGACAUCACCACCAAAAUCUGCAAAUUGUACUCCUUCUCAUGAAGCCUCUGGUCCGAACAGUAUUUCGUUCAAUUCCAGUGAAACAUCAACCCCGGAUACGAUAAUACAAGUUGUGACUACUUCCCGGAAUUCCCCGAACCUUCCAAAAUCGUCGAGCUCAAAUAAGUUAUCGGACGAUGAGACAAAUUGCGUUGAUACUGUAUGCAGACACUGUUGCAUUAAGAAAAAUUGGUGCCAAAAUCCCUCUGUGAGUUCGCAAGAUAGUGGCAUUAACAUGACAUUCACUGAUUCCGAUUCAUAUUUAGAUUUUGUAAAAUGGCGUACAUCAUCAGAUCCAACUACGAACAAAUUAAAGAAACUACAAGGGAGACUCCGCAUGUGUCCAAAGUCGGAAAAGAAUGAAGUGCCAGAUAUAAUAGAGGGUGUGCCCGUGUGCUCCGGGCCGCAGAAGAGUUACACAGAUGAUUCUGGAAGAGUCGCCUUUCAAAUGCCCGACGACGAGAAACAGAACCGAAGCACAGCGACGGUGGAGUCGAAGCGCUCCAGCAGGUCAUCGUGCGCGUCGUCCAGCUGCUCGGAGCGCAGCUCCCGCUCCAGCGGCUAUGGGACCGACCAGCUGCGGACCUCGCGGGAGGAGCACUACUGCGACAGGAGCAGCGGCUCGGCGACGGGGUGGGGCGGCGAGGAGCGCUCGGACAGCAGCGCGUGCAGCGACGCGUCGCUCAGCGACUUCACGUGCGACGACGACGCGCGCUGGCACUGCCCGCCGCGCGCCGUGUGGAAGGCCACCGUCGAGGCUAUUCACGAGUACAAUAUGAUACGUCCCGGCGACAAGGUGUUAGUCUGUCUGUCCGGACGUCGCGACUCACUGGCCCUGUUGCACACCAUGCACCAGUAUCAGUUUUACGCCAGGUCUAAGGGCAUACAUUUUAGUAUUGGUGCAAUAUACGUCCACGAGUCGCAGUCAGAAGUGGAUCCUCUACACCUGAUGGCCUACUGCAGGACCCUGGGUGUUAAAUUCAUCUACGAGGAUAAAAUUGAAGAGGAGGAUAAUGAACCGGCGGGCGCGGGGGGGGGCGGGCGCGCGCUGCACCGGUGGGCGCGCGGCGGCGUGCGGCGGCGCGCGCUGCGCGCGGGCGCGGCGCGCGGCUACGGCGUGGCGGCGCUGGCGCAGCACUUCGACCGCGCCGCCAGCGCCUUCCUCGCCGCCGCCAUGUACGCGGGGACGCUCAAGACGCUCAAGGCGCACUAUCGCCUGCGAGACCAAGAGAUGCGCGUGAUUCGGCCAUUCAUCUACGUGCGCUCGCACUGGCUGGACGCGUUCUGCUGCGCGCGAGCUCUGCCCGACUUUACCAAGCGAGACGUUGAGGAGAGCGACGAGAACACUGGCAAAACCCUAACCCGUUCGGUAUCAGAGCCCUGCGGGCGCGAAGACCUCGAUCUAGAGCAGGAGGAGCAGGUGGAUCAGGAGGUGGACCCGCUGGUGGCUGCUCAGGCGCUGCUGGAUGAACAGGAACGAGCUCAUCCGUUUAUCUUUGCUAGUCUCAAGAAUGCGCUUCACCCACUUAUAAGUGCAAGAAACAUAGAGCAGAAAGAGCAGAGGCACAGGAAAAAAUCCGUGAUACAAAUGAAAAAUGGCGCCCCCGUGUACGAUUCGGACGACGGCUCAGAGGAAGAAUCAGUGCCAUAGACUAAACGUCACAUUUUCGCGUUUCCCGCCAAAAUGGAAAAUGCCAUAAAAAAACUAAUGUUUGUGUACUCAGUGAUUACGUUUUGAUCAAGAAUAUAAAACAACGUUACGUAUAGAAUAGUAUUUUUAUCAUUAUUAAGUUAUGAAAAGUUUAUUUCACGUUUCAAUGUUGCCAUGUUGAAGUUUCUACCGUUUUGGUAGUAUUUAUGAAAUAUAAAUGUGUAGGUGACGUAUUGCAUUUGUUAAGUCUGGAAUUCGAUUGUUAGAGUUAUAUUUUGUAUUGAUUAUGGAGAUGUUUAAUGCUUAUUUUUGUGUCCAGUUGAAUGAGAAUAAUUAUAUAUUCGUUAUAAUAUUGUGAUGAGAAAAUUUAUUAUAUUUUAAAGGCACCGGCCUCAUGUUGAAGAACAUAUUUUUUGAUAAAAUAGUGUAUUAGAAAUGCAUCGUAUUGUGUAUUAGAUUUGAAAGUUUAAAAUGUCCGUUCUCAAUAUAACAGAUAUAUGUAGUUAACUAGAUUUUAAGAGGCAGUCUUAGCUUAGAUUUUUCAAUGUAUCUUGUAUUUUCUAAUUUAAAUUGGCAAAGCUUACGUGGUCGUGAGAGUUUUUUGAAGUGGCAACAUUAAUGUUGUAUUGUCAUUGUUAUUUGUAAUCGCAUGGAAUGUAGACUGAUCUAUGGAAACAUGCUGUGACUAAUCAUUUUUAUGUACUUCAAAUCUGAUUUGCGACGUUUAUUUGUUAGUUAUACGUAUAUUUUUGUACUAAACAUAAAUUCCUAUACACAUAGAUUAAGUACAUAAGAGUUGUUUAAAACAUAAAGUCCCAUACGUUGCUUCCAAUGUAAUGUAUUCACGUAUUAUAUACAAAUUUGUCGUAAAUGAACGAUUUUUUUGAUU